AAUAAUUUCAGUUUCUAAACAUUUUCUUCAAAGUCAUUCAAAAUCAGACAAAUGACGUCACCUAAAAAAUUAAAAGUGCAAGAUGCUAAGCAACUACUCGAAAUGGAUCGUGUUCUUCGUUUGCAUGAAGGGCAAAUUUGGUAUGUCAUCAGCAACACUUGGUGGAAGGAAUUUUUGAGCAAUGCCGAACUCGCAGAUGGUGAUGCUGUCAUUGAGAUGCCUCCUAUUUCCAAUAAGGACGUCGUUGAGAAAAACAGCGAGGACCAAUACGUUCUGAAGCCAAAUCUCAGUGGAAGCUUGGGCUUUGUUAGUGACGCAGUCUUUGCUAAUCUCAGGAGCGUAUUCGGAAUCGAGGAUGAAGAACGGGAUGUAAUCUCUAGAAAGGUUGUGAAAGGGAUGCUGAGGGAUGAAACGUUCAUUGAGGUCUAUCCACUCCAAAUAAAGAUUGCCAACUACAACAACAAAGAAGUCGUUUUCACUAUUGAAGUGAGCCAGGCUGCUACGAUCGACAAGAUUAGAGAAAUCGUUUUUGACCAACUCAAAAUUGAAGAACAAUACAGGAACGGCGCCCAUUUUCUUAUUGAAGAAAAGGGUAGAUAUGAUUGUUUGCCCGACACUGUUUCGUACGCCAAACUUAGCGCUAUUCUUCAUUCUGGGACUAUUGUUUAUGUGGAUGCUUCUGGAGCAACUUCUAAGGAGUUGGUGGCGGCUCAGAAUGGAACAACUCGUGGUGGUCGAUUUUCUGAAAGAGUUGCAACCUAUCAAAAAGGCUUGUGCGGACUUCAAAAUCUUGGAAAUACUUGCUUUAUGAACAGGUUAAUUUUCUGGCCCCCAAAUUUUAGACCUGUUUUUAGCGCUAUUCAAUGUCUGAGCAACGUUCCUGAGUUAACCGAGUAUUUUAUAAACGACGAGUACUAUGAUGAAAUCAACACUACGAAUCCAUUGGGCACUCAUGGACGUUUGGUCAAAGCAUAUGCUGAACUUCUUAAGGAUAUGUGGUCAGGGUGUUCUAGUUCAUGUGUAAUUGGCGAAUUUGCUCCUCGUUUCAAUGGCUAUGCUCAACAGGACUCUCAGGAAUUGACUGCCUUCUUGCUCGAUGGGCUCCACGAGGAUCUAAACCGGAUAAAGAAUAAGCCCUAUGUUGAAGAAAAAGAGAUGGAGGGCAGAGAUGAGGCUCAGGCAGCAAGAGAAGCCUGGCAAGACUACAAAAAGCGCAAUGACAGCAUUAUUGUGGAUCUUCUACAUGGUCAACUCAAGUCCACCUUGACUUGCAAUGUCUGCAGCAAAAUUAGCAUCAAGUUUGAUCCAUUCUGCUAUCUGUCAUUGCCCAUUCCUGCAAAAGAACGCCAAGUUAAAUCUACAAUCAAUUUUGUUCGCAAAGACAAAUGGGCCAAGUUUUUGUUGACGCAUACAAACAAGACGACAAUUCUUCAAUUGAAAGACGUUCUUCGACAACAUCUCAAAAUACCGGAUCAUAUGGAGAUUGUCUUGCUUACAUACUUCAGCAGCGAUAUUCUAGAAGAUGACAAGUUAGUUGGCACAUCUUACAACAAUAUUGGCAAACAAUUUUAUGCUUAUGCUCUUGAUGGACAUGGACCUCUUUUACUUGUUGAAAAUCGAAAACCUAACAGUUCGUUACUUGGAAAUGUUUUUCCCGUUCGACGACCAGAAAAAUUGACUAAACAAUUUGUUUUUGACUCCAUUUUGCCGCUUUGUCGAGACUACUUUUGGCGUACGGAUGCAGGAACUUCUGCAAUGGACACUAAUGUUAAAGACAGUCCAAAACAAGGUGAAGAGCCUAUUGAAGAUGGCAUUAAACCGCAAUAUUCUCAAGUGAAUCCUGAUGAGAUUGCUUUGCAGGAACCAAAUUUAAUGCUUCAAGAAUUCCCUGAUGAUCCAGAUGAGGAAGUGCCAUUUUCUCUUCCAUAUGUUGAUGGCCCUGUUCCAAAAAUUAUGCUUACAUGGGAAGAGAAUAAGCAAUUUAGCAGCGUCAAUCCAGACUCGCUAGUGGAGCGUGAAGUCAACAUUACUCAAGUUAAGAAGGCUUAUACGAUCAAGGAGUGUAUCGAUGCAUAUACAACUAAAGAACAAUUGAGUGAGGAGGAUUCAUGGUUUUGUCCAAACUGCAAAACUCAUCAACGCGCCUUCAAAAAAUUGGAUCUCUGGUCGCUUCCCCAAAUUUUGAUUAUUCACCUCAAAAGGUUCUUGUACACACGCUACUCUCGUGAGAAAAUUGAUACUGAAAUUGAUAUCCCAGUGAAAGGUUUGGAUAUUGGGGAAAAAGUGCGCGAUCCUUCUCAAAAGGAUGAGAAAUAUGACUUGAUUGGUAUUUCGAAUCAUUCUGGAGGUCUCGGUUCCGGCCAUUAUACAGCGCGGGCAUUGAACAACAAUACGUGGUGUGAAUUUAACGACUCGUCCGCUUAUGCCCUUAAUACACCGCCUGGCGACUCUAUUGUAUCGAAGGAAGCAUAUAUGCUGGUGUAUCGUCGUCGGCAAACUAACCAACAACAAAUAAAGCAACAAAUUCGGAAGAGUCCAAGGAUUGCUGCUGCUACUGCAGAAUGUGUCUAAUUCGUGUGGUUGAUGUCUCAAGGUUAUGUGUAUAAUGAUGACUUUUCUAUAG